AUGCCAAACUGGGGAGGAGGAAAGAAGUGUGGGGUGUGCCAGAAGGCAGUGUACUUCGCUGAGGAGGUGCAAUGUGAAGGCAACAGCUUCCAUAAGUCCUGCUUCUUGUGCAUGGUCUGUAAGAAGAACUUGGACAGCACCACUGUUGCUGUGCAUGGAGAGGAGAUCUACUGCAAGUCGUGCUACGGCAAGAAGUAUGGCCCCAAGGGCUAUGGCUACGGGCAGGGCGCAGGGACCCUCAGCACUGACAAGGGAGAGUCCCUGGGCAUCAAAUAUGAAGAGUGA